GAGUUCGAGACCACAUCGGACACUCAGGACAAGCUAUGACGUGAUUUCCUGGUGGCGGCGGUGGGCGCGUGGUACUGCAGUUUCGUGGAGCGGUGAGUGUGCGAGAGGAGAUCCCGACAUGGGCUGCGUCGCGGCGACAUGAGCCUGUCCUUCAGAUCACUUGCACAUGCCUAAAUUCACUCGCAGUUACUGCAGAUCAGUGGGGGUGCUUAUUGUUAACCAGAGUAUAGCGAUAACAGGGCUGUUAACGCUACCCACAAUUUUACUGCGUCGGGAGUGAGAGGGUCUAUCAAUAUCAUCGAGCAUGGCGGAAAGAAGUGGCCGACUGAGCUUCCCUGGGAGCGGGGCACUAAAUCGACCCGUGCCUAUGAACCUGUUCGCAACUUGGGAAAUAGACGGAUCUUCGCCAAGUUGCAUCCCAAGGCUCUGCAGCCUCACACUGAAGAAGCUGGUUGUGAUGAAGGAGUUGGACAAGGAACUCAUAUCUGUAGUUAUCGCCGUCAAGAUCCAGGGCUCCAAGCGGAUCCUGCGCUCUCAUGAGAUAGUGCUGCCCCCUACAGGAUCCAUUGAGACGGACCUAGCCCUCACCUUCUCCCUGCAGUACCCACACUUCCUGAAGAGGGAGGGCAAUAAGCUGCAGAUCAUGCUCCAGAGAAGAAAGCGCUAUAAGAAUCGCACCAUCCUGGGCUACAAGACGCUUGCAGUUGGAAACAUAGACAUGGCCGAGGUGAUGCAGCAUCCCCAUGAGGGUGGCCAGGUGUUGGCUCUGUGCGGUAGUCAGAAGGAGCUGAUGGGGAAGGUGGCCGAGAUCUGGAUCUUCUCUCUGUCCAGCCAGCCCAUCGACCACGAGGACGGGGCCCUGCCCCCUGGGGCCAAGAUUAAGUGCUCAGAUAAUUACUCAGAGGAAGAGUAUGAGAGUUUCUCCUCUGAACAAGAGGCCAGCGAUGAUGCAGUCCAGGGUCAGGACCUGGAGGAUGAUGAGUAUGACAUGAGAAAACCCAAGAAACAGAGGAGGUCUAUAGUGAGAACUGCAUCUAUAACCAGACAGCAGAACUUUAAGCAGCGGGUUGUGGCUUUGCUGAAGAGGUUCAGAGUAUCAGAUGAGGUGCUGGACUCUGAGCAGGACCCAGCCGAGCCUCCUCCUGAGGUGGAGGAGGAUCUGGACCUGGAGAGCCUGGAGUUUGAGAACCCCAGCGAUAGCUGCCCUGAGCUGGACGACGACGACAGCGUGCUUAGCACCCCCAAACCCAAACUCAAGCCAUACUUUGAAGGCCUGUCUCUCUCAAGCUCUCAGACUGAGAUUGGCAGCAUCCACAGCAGUCGGAGUCAUAGAGAGCCACCCAGCCCAAUGGAUGGUGACAAAAUCAAGCCUGGAGCUGCGAAAUUCCACAUCGAUGACACGCCAGAUAACGUCUCGUUCGAACAUCCUGAGGCUGUGACCCCCACCACAGAGCUGGAGAUGGACAACAUGGACACGUUCAUGGAGAAGCUGCCACCCAUCGGCAGAAUGACCAAGACUGAGUCUCUUAUCAUCCCCUCCACCAGGCAGGAGCCGAAGCUCGUGGGCCGCAGGGGCCGCAGCACCUCUCUGAAAGAGCGGCAGCCCAGUCGGCCGCAGAACGAGCGUGCCAACAGCCUGGACAACGAGCGUGCCCUGGACACGCGGCUCCACCUGCAGAUCCCUCGUAAAACGGUGUAUGAUCAACUCAACCACAUCCUGGUGUCUGAUGACCAUCUGCCUGAUAGCAUCAUCCUCGUCAACACCUCAGACUGGCAAGGCCAGUACCUGGCAGACAUGUUACAGAACCACAACCUACCUGUGGUCUGCACCUGCACCACCGCCGACAUCCAGGCCGCCUUCAACACCAUCGUCUCCCGGAUCCAGAGAUUCUGCAACUGUAACUCCCAGACUCCAGUGCCCAUUAAGAUUGCAGUGGCCGGUGCUCAGCAUUAUCUCAGUGUAGUUCUGCGGCUGUUUGUGGACCAUCUCUCGCACAAGACCCCUGACUGGCUCGGCUACAUGCGGUUCCUCAUCAUACCCCUUGGGGCACAUCCCGUGUCUAAGUACCUGGGCUCCAUAGACUACAGGUAUAACAGCCUGUUCCAGGACACCGCCUGGAGAGACCUGUUCCAUAAACCAGAGGCGCCUAUCAUACCCCAAGACAGCCUGGACGUGGUGUCCAGGAUAACCCAGUACAUGGCAGGGGCCAACGGGGCCCACCAGCUGCCCAUCGCAGAGGCCAUGCUUACCUACAAGCAGAAGAGGAAAAAGAGCUUUCAUUUUGAUUUUGCAGUAAGCCCAGACGAAGACUCCUGUCAGAAAUUUAUUCCUUUCAUUGGGAUGGUUAAAGUUGGGAUUGUGGAGCAGUCGUCUGCCACAUCAGGUAAAAGCUGAAGUGCUGCUCCAAAGAGGCCUCCCCUCCUCUCCUCCACUCCUCCACAGGUCUCCCCUUUCACAAAGAGGCCUCACCCCUCUCCUCCCUCUCCACCCCACCCCACACCUGUCCUCCCUUCUCCCCCCUUUCACUGCAGUUCCCCAGGUGGAGGGCAGGGGGAGCCGAUGGGUCUGCAGGUGGACUACUGGGUGGCACCGACGGAGCGCAAACGUGAAGUGGAGAAGCGGGACUCCUCCUCCAAGAACACCCUCAAGUGCACCUUCCGCUCGCUGCAGGUCAGCAGGCUGCCACUAGGUGGCGGUGACUGGGGCCCGCAGAACACCAUGGCCAUGACCGUGGUCACCCAGGAGAAGAACAAGAAAGUCAUGUUCCUGCCCAAAAAGUCCCGAGACAAAGAGGCGGAGUCCAAGAGCCAGGUCAUCGAGGGCAUCAGUCGCCUCAUCUGCACUGCCAAACAACAGCAGACCAUGCUGAGGGUUUUGAUUGACGGAGUGGAGUGGAACGACGUCAAAUUCUUCCAGCUGGCAGCGCAGUGGUCCUCUCAUGUCAAACACUUUCCUCUUGCCAUAUUUGGACACUCCAAGGGCCCUUACUAGUCCCCCCACCCCCCCCCCUAAAACAGCA